AGUGUUUAUAUUGUUUUGUCUUUAUGUCGGCUCUAUCACUACUAAGACUAGUAGACACUCUCAACUGGAAUCGUUUCGUAUUAGCAUCGAAGUCCCCACGCCGACUGGAGCUCCUCAAGACAGUCAGUGGUGGUCGUCUGAACAUCGAAGUAAUGGGUUCGACCUUUCCUGAGGAUCUCGAUAAGAGGGCACUGAAACCGACUGAGUAUGUGUUGCAAACUGCCACUGAGAAGUGUAAAGAAGUCAUAUCACGUCUAGAGCUGCCAACAUCCGGCCGUUUCACGAUGGUUUUAUCCGCUGACACUGUUGUGGUGUCUUCGAACGGACAUAUUCUGGAGAAGCCUGAUGACCACGCUCAUGCUUUGGAAAUGCUGAAGGCUCUACGAGGAAAGACCCAUGAGGUUAGCACUGGAGUCUGUAUUGUGUGUAAAUGGUCGGAUGGGACUACCAAGAAACGUCAGUUCACUACCACUACGAAAGUUACCUUUGCAGCGAACAUCACUGAUGAGGACCUGCAAGCCUAUAUAGAGACCGAGGAGCCUAUGGGAAAGGCUGGUAGCUACGGUAUACAGGGUAUCGGCGGCCUCCUCGCAUGCAAGGUCGAGGGUUGUUAUUCUAACGUGGUUGGCUUACCUGUACACGACACUGCUCGAGCUAUAGCCGAGAUACUGUCAGAUGGUCAUUGAGUCACUUCCAAGUUGAUGUUUCUUUUCCU